CGCGCGCAGCUGAUAACUGCUCUUUCCCCCCAAACCCAAAACCCCUUUGUUUCCGAUCCGCUCUGCAACAAACGGCUUGUGCUUCCAGCUUCGCAGCUACAGUUCGCUUAUCAAGUUCUAGGGUUUUGAAGAUUUCAAAUUCCAUGGCUACCCAUGACGAUGAUGACUUCGGUGGCGAUUCUCCCAGUCCCAGGCGCGGUAAAAAGAGAAGCUUUGGCGAUGACGACUUAGAAUUUGAUCCUUUCGGCUCGAAACAGGGUAACUCUAAAGUUGAAGAGACUGCUCCUGGUGGUGCAACAGCUAUGAUUUUGACUCUUCGUGAGAGUCUUCAAAACUGUAAAGAUACUCUUGCAACAUGCCAAACAGAACUUGAAGCUGCAAAAUCUGAGAUUCAAAAGUGGCAUUCUUCAUUUCAGAAUGAACCCUGCUUAGCUUCUGGAACUUCUCCUGAUCCUAAACUGGUCAUCAAUUAUCUUCAGUCCCUGAAAAACUCCGAGGAGUCAUUGAAAGAACAGUUAGAGAAAGCAAAGAAAAAGGAAGCUGCGUUCAUUGUCACAUUUGCAAAACGGGAGCAGGAGAUAGCAGAGCUCAAGUCUGCAGUCCGGGAGCUUAAAGCUCAACUCAAGCCACCAUCAAUGCAGGCAAGAAGAUUGCUACUCGAUCCAGCAAUUCAUGAGGAGUUUACUCGUCUAAAGACUUUGGUUGAGGAGAAGGAAAAAAAGGUUAAGGAGUUGAAGGAAGAUAUCGAAGCUCUUUCAUUUACUGCGGCAAGUAAGAUGGGGAAGCAGUUAAUGGCUAAAUGUCGGACACUCCAAGAGGAAAAUGAGGAGAUUGGCAAUGAAGCUUCUGAGGGAAAGAUGCAUGAAUUAUCUAUGAAACUUGCGUUGCAAAAAUCCCAAAAUGCAGAACUCAGAAGUCAAUUUGAAGGGUUGCACCAACAUAUGGAGGGGCUCACAAAUGAUGUUGAAAGAUCAAAUGAAAUGGUGCGUAUCACGCAAGAGCAGCUAGAGGAGAAAGAUCGUGAAAUCAAACGGUUAAAGCAGGAGCUGGAGCAGAAGAGCUUGAUAGGGAAGGAGAAAGCAGAUCCACCUUCUGACGCUAAGAAAGCUAGCGACGAUGAUGAGAUGGUACCUGGAGAAGUCGACAGCUGAAGUAAGAAGAAGAAAAUUGUAGGACACAAUCAUCGUUUAUAAUCCUCAUUUUGUAUGUACAUUAACGUUCGAGUUUAUUUUUCGCUCAGAACAUUUUUGUUAUGUAAAAGUAACUAGUGAAACUUAGGCCGCCGUAAUCGAGGUUAAAGUUCUUAACGCUUAACGUGCAGUUGCAUGGUUCCAUAUCAUUCAUUCAUACAAAACGGAAUCGUUCUUGUUUUGUUA